ACGCGGCUGGCAGGGCCCGCUGUGAUGCCUCCGUGAGCUCAGCCGCUGUCACAAACCCGGCCUGCCAGACGGCGGGGGCGCCGGCCUGGGCGUGGGAGGAGGCCGGCAGCCCCGCGCUCGGCUGGGGAGGAAGCCUGGCCGGCGAGUGACGCCGCCGCCCCCUCGGCAUCGCCCGCCCGCGCGCUUGCAGCCUGGACGGGAGCGGGACAGGGUAGACAUGUCGACAUGCCUAUUGCCACGCACCGCCGGACCUCUUUAGAGAGCUGCCCGCUUCUGGUUCUCUCCCCUCAAUUGACGAUCAGUUGCCUCCGAUGGACACCAUGUCCGAUAUCUUCAUCAACCUGGACACUGUCCUUCAUCCGCCUGCCAAAAAGGGCUCUGUAGGGAACAAGAAGCACCAGCGCUUUGUCAAACGCCGCCAGUUCCUAGAGAGAAAGGGCUUCCUGAAGCAGAAGCAGCUGCCCGCGCAGCCUCCCCUGCCCAGGCGGGAUGUCUCUUUCAGCUGCUGCCCAGGACCUGACCGGGGCCAGAAGAGGCAGAAAGUGGACAGGCAAGGGGGCAGCAAAGCCGUACGAGAGGAUGGCUCCCCCCGCCAGCUCCAAAUGCUUCCCAAAGAGAGCUCCAGUUCGGGCACUACGGAUACAGGAUCCCAGACCUCCAGCCCCUCCGGAGCUGCAUCAGCCUCAAGGAAAACAGGGAGCGGUGCGGGGAGGCCCAACGGGACCCUCAUCCACGGCAGCCGGGGGAGUAUUCCUCGGGUCAGCCUUUUGAACGAAUACAAGAGUGGGCUCCCUGAAGCCCCGGAGGCAGUCAAGCCCAGCAAAAUGGUGGCCAUUGACUGUGAGAUGGUGGGCACCGGGCCUGGGGGGCGCAAUAGUGACCUGGCCCGAUGCAGCGUGGUCAGCUACUAUGGCGAUGUGAUGUACGACAAGUACAUCCGCCCCCUGAGCCCCAUCACCAACUACCGGACUCGGUGGAGUGGCAUCAGGCAGCAUCACAUGAAAAAUGCUGUCCCCUUCAAGCUAGCCCAGAAAGAGAUUCUUAAGCUUCUCUCUGGGAAGAUUGUUAUUGGCCAUGCAAUCCACAAUGACUUCAAGGCCCUCAAAUAUUUCCACCCCAAAUCCUUGACCAGGGACACUUCAAAAAUCCCACUGCUCAAUCGGAAGGCCGGCUUCCCCGAGAAUGAGUCGGCCUCCCUGAAGCGACUCACUAAGCAGCUCCUGCACCGAGACAUUCAGGUGGGCCACAAUGGCCACUCAUCAGUCGAAGACGCCUGGGCAACCAUGGAGCUGUACAGAGUGAUUGAGGUGGAGUGGGAGAGGCACUUGGCCACUUCCCCACCCCAGGACGGACCACCUGGCACCACGUGACUGCCUUUGGCCAAGAACAAGCUGGCCUGGACUUAUGGGGCGAGAGCUGCAGAUGCUCCAGAAGCCGUUUGGAGGCUGGAGGGAGGGGGCAGAAGAGGGAAAGAAGGAGUAACUGAUCUGAGGGGUGGGGGGGCCAGAAGGAUGAGUCCAUUACAUUAUUUCCAGCUGAGGCCUGCAUUGGUGUGUUCCUUGCAGGCCCUGUGGCUUCUUGGGGGACCGAUCCUUCCCCUACAACUGAGGCAGGGAGGAAGGUCUCCCUCUGUGCCUCCUCAGAGCAGGGGAGAUCAUAGUCACCUUUGAAGGGAGGGACCAGGACCGCAGAGGGUCUGUCUGUCUGUCCUCAACCAGUAGGGCUCUUGGGCACAAUCCUCCCCAAUGCCACGUUUUCCUCCUUGGUGCUGAAGGCCGGGGGCUUGCCGACUGCCUCAAUGGGGGGGUUUAUGACCUCCAGCUGGGGGCCUCCCUCUUUUGCUGAAUGGCGUCUGGAAAGCGAAGCCACGAGUGGCCCCGUCAUCUGAAGGUUGGGGGCGCCCCAGGGCGUGGGGAGGCGGCUUUGGGAUUGCUCCCUUCCGCAGCAGCCUGGGGAGUGGCAUCAGGGCCUGUGCGUGUAGAGA